GGGGCGUGUCCCCAUGUGUCCUGUGUCAAGCUGCAAUGGGCGGCUUAUUGGCAAAACCCAUCACAACAAAGGAGACGGAGGAUGGUGGCGAUCAUCGCGGACUCGCCUUUGGGGUCUCUGCCAUGCAGGGCUGGCGCGAAGGGAUGGAGGACGCUCAUAUGGCCAUUCCAGACUUUGACUCUGAGCGCCAACUGGGGCUCUUUGGAGUUUUUGAUGGCCAUGGAGGGUCCGCAGUGGCCAAAGUUGUUGCUGCAACCUUUCCUGCGACAUUGAAACGUCAGAAGUCCUUCAUUCAGGACCCCCUUGGAUGGCCACGGCAGGGGCAGUAUUCCGAAGCACUCUAUCAGACCUUCUUGGCGGUGGACGAUUUUCUGGACAGCGCCAAAGGAAGAGAAGAGGUUGAACGGGUGCUGGCAGCGGCUCCGCCAGUGGAGCGGGAUGUUGAGGAGGAGGAGUUGAGACCGGGCCCAUUUCGCACUUGUCCGGGAGCAAACCAUCCAGUGAGGGCCAAGGGCGAGGAUGUGGGCUCUGGUUGGUCACAGGAAGCCUUGCUGUCAGGUGCCGGCUGGGAAGCCUUGGGUGAGUCGACCAGGAGUUUCCGCGAACUCUACGGCUUUCCUGCGACGCUGGCAUGGGCUGCCUUACAGCUGAAGGAUCUCCCACCAGCAAGGCAUGUGGAGGUAUGGAUCAUUGGAGCCCGCAGCGGCAUGGAAGGAUGGUUGGCGGAGGAAGGCAGCUGGGAUUUCUUGAUCGAGAUCUUCCCAACGUCGUCGUGGAAGCUUUGUUUGAUUGGACCAGAGAUGCGUGAAGACCUGAGGUUGGGUGCUCGAGUGGAGGUUGAGUCUGCACGACUUCAGGGCCACGAGUGGAUUCAGAAAGAUGGUUUGUGCCCUGAUCUGGUGGUUUGUUUCAACUCUGGCAUUGGAACACUAUCCUUGUCCAUCACCAAACCCUGGCUGCUGACCGUGGCUGCAUUGCUGAAGCUAGAUGUGCCAAUUCUCUUCACUUGCUUCGGCUUGAAGGAGCGCAAGGGAGAGGAGUUCCUGCUUAGGGGUCUAUUCAAGGCUCGAGUGCUUGUGGACUUCCUUGAAAACCCAUUUCGACAGAGGCCGGGCGAUCGACCCGGUUGCUAUCGAUCUCUUGAGGAGGAAAGCUUGUCAGCUCCUGAAGGUGAGGCGGAGCUCUGCAAUGCGCAGUUGUGGUGGGCGCAAGGAUCGCAGCUGAGUGCGGAGGAGUUGGAUCAGGUUGCCUUGAAGGCACCCAAGGUCUUGGAGGAGCUCACCCAGAGCUAUGCCUUGCAGGGUGCCCACAGAAGUUGGAUCUUGGCCCUCAAAGAAGGGAACCGAAGAGUGGGAGAAGCAGCUGUGGAGAAUUUCCAAAUAGCUUUCAACAACGUGGACGUGCUUCGGGCCUUGUCGAAAUUUGCCAAGCAUAUCGCCGAUGCCAUGGUAAGUUUCAUCAGGAGGCAUGGUCCUCACCCAAAGGCUAAGCAGUGUGUGGGGAAAAUUUUGCUGGCGAAGGUGCGAAGAAUGCUGCCUGAAGGUCACGAUGAUCAGGAGCUUUCUGAGGCCGUGACUGAGAGGAUGAGGGAGGAUUAUGCCGAUGUGUUCGGCACCGCUGAAAGAAAUUCAUCGCUGCGGGAUUUUUUGGAACAUUAA